AUGAGUGGCAAGUUUGUGAGAGCUUCAAAGUACAGGCAUGUGUAUGGCCAGGUGGCCAAGAAGGAACGCCAGUACGAAAACAUCAGGUUAACCAACAAUGCUUGGGAUUCAAAUUUGAUAAAGGUCAAUCCCAAGUUUAUUUCCGUAAAUUGGAAUUCUUCGGGGGGUGGGGCUUUCGCUGUCAUUCCGUUGAACGAAGUGGGGAAGGCCCCGGAUCAGGUGCCGCUUUUCAGAGGUCAUACUGCUCAUGUAUUGGAUACUGACUUCGACCCUUUCAACGACAACAUUAUCGCCUCUGGAUCCGACGAUGGUAAGAUUGGAAUUUGGGAAAUUCCUGAAGACUACUCGUUUCACCACUAUACGAACUCAGAGGGUGAACCUAAGGACUUGCAGCCUAAGAAGUUUUUGACAGGCCAUGGCCGCAAAGUCGGCCAUGUCUUGUUUCAUCCAACUGCUCGCAAUGUCUUGGCUUCCUCAUCUCUCGACCAUACUGUUAGAAUUUGGGAUGUUGAAAGCGGAAAGGAGCUUUUCACUCUGAAGCAUCCUGAUAUGGUCACUUCCAUGUCUUUUAGCUACGACGGCAACCACCUGGCCACAGUUUCUCGCGACAAAAAACUAAGGGUCUGGGAUAUUAGAGAAGAAAAAAUUGUAAGUGAAGGUCAGGCACACACCGGCGCAAAGAACCAAAGGGUAGUGUGGCUUGGAAAUUCUGACCGGCUUGCUACUACUGGGUUUUCAAAGCUCAGUGAUCGCCAAAUUGGAAUCUGGGAUGCUUUUGGCCUUGAAAAAGGUGACCUGGGAGGGUUCUAUACUGUUGACCAGUCCUCAGGCAUUUUGAUGCCAUUUUUUGACGACUCGAAUAAGAUCCUAUACCUCGUUGGAAAGGGAGAUGGUAACAUUCGUUACUACGAAUUCCAAAACGAUGAACUAUUUGAACUCUCUGAGUUUCAAUCUAUUGACCCUCAGAGGGGGUUUGCAGCUGCACCAAGAAGGGCUGUCAGCGUCAAAGAUAAUGAGGUUUUGAAAGCUUACAAAACAGUUAAUGACCAUUGUAUUGAACCAAUUUCCUUCUACGUUCCAAGAAAAUCUGAUUCGUUCCAAGAAGACAUUUACCCAGACGCCCCGUCAGGAACAGCAGCACUAACCGCAGACGAAUGGGUCUCGAAAAAGCCUGUUGACGGACCAGUUCUUUUCAACAUGAGCUCACUUUACAAUGGUUCUGAACCGGUUCUGAAACCCACUGAAAAGACUUCCUCACCUUCGGCUGCUGAUAAGGCCUCGCCGUCAGUACCCGCUGCGAAACCCGAAAAGGAUUCAUCCAAGGAGAAAAAUGACAAAUCUCCAACCAAGGAGGAGCAAACGGAGGUAGCAGAAGCAUCCCAAACACAAUCAAGUUCGGUAGCAAGGGAAGUCGGUGCUUUAGGCUCAUCUUCUAGCACCCUCUCAAGUGACGCAAAUGACGCUUUAAAAGAAGACAAAUCUGUUGAUAAACUACUCCAAAAAUCAUCUGAACUGGACAGUGUUAAUGGGGCUGAGGACCCAUCCAAAGAAACGUCAGGCUGGGAUGACGAAGAUGAUGAGAUAGAGACUUUAAAGUUUGAGCAAACCGGUAAAAAAGCAGCUGAUAAAACAGAAACAUCGGUGAAGGAUUUGAAAACUGAAAACAAAUGCGAAGUUGAAAAGCCGAAGUCAGAGGUCGAGGGUUCUGAGCUUAAGCCCGAAACCCCUGCGCUUAAGCCUAAGGAGCAAGAAGUUCGGCAGCAGAAGCAAGAAAACGGGUCGCCAGCAACUUUACAAAGAAAACCCGAGGCAGCAGAAACCAAGACAGCAGCAGCAGGGAGUCAAAAUGCGUCAAAUCAAGAAAACCCCGCAGAGAAAAAAACAGCUGCAGCUAAGGCAACCUCUACGAAGGCUGAACAAGCAUCAUCUGCUCCAAAAUCUCUUGGCCUUAAGCAGUCUGUGGAGAAACUCUCAGAUUUAGUGCUGGAGCUAGAUCGCGUUGUUGCCGACCUUCGGCAAAGUAGCCUAGAUAAAGACAACAGACUGAAGGCUUUAGAAGCGAAGAUAGAGCAACUUGUCAAAGCUGAGAACUGA